AAAACUUAGAAAAAUUGCAUUCCUUGUUUUUUUUCCUAUACGAAACCGUUUUUCCUUCCACCGCCUAUCUAACCGUCGCCGAUAACCGGAUCUCCGGCAAUGUAUAGGGCCUUGGUAGGCCCGUCUAAUUCUUCAGUGGUGGUCAUGAUGUACACCCUUAAAGACGCUCAUAAUUGGUGGCAUGUACUAAACGACUCCCCUCUUUGGCAAGAUCGAAUAUUUCAUCUUCUUGCUGCGCUCUAUGGUCUCAUGGGGGUUGUCGCUCUGACACAAUUGAUUCGGAUAGAGCUAAGAGUGCCAGAGUAUGGUUGGACCACUCAGAAGGUCUUUCAUUUUCUCAAUUUCUUGGUUAAUGCAGUUAGAUGUUUAAUUUUUGCUUUCCGUCGUGAUAUACAGCACUUGAAACCUGAGAUUGUUCAACAUAUCUUGAUUGAUGUGCCAAGUCUUGCGUUUUUCACUACGUAUGCUCUCUUGGUUUUAUUCUGGGCAGAAAUUUACUACCAGGCACGGGCUGUCUCAACUGAUGGUCUUCGGCCGACUUUCCUUACAGUCAAUGCAAUAAUCUAUGCAAUUCAGAUAGGUUUGUGGCUAGUAAUCUGGUGGAAGCCUGUCCGUGUUUUGGUGAUCCUCUCCAAGAUGUUCUUCGCAGGGGUGUCUUUAUUUGCCGCCUUGGGAUUUCUCCUAUAUGGUGGAAGACUCUUCUUAAUGUUGCAACGGUUUCCUGUGGAAUCAAAAGGGCGGCGAAAGAAAUUGCAGGAGGUUGGAUACGUUACAAGCAUCUGUUUCGCAUGUUUCCUCAUAAGAUGUGUCAUGAUGUGCCUUAAUGCAUUCAAUAAGGCUGCAAACCUGGAUUUGUUGGAACAUCCUGUUCUCAACUUCAUAUACUACUUGUUGGUGGAGAUACUACCAUCGGCUCUAGUUCUCUUUAUUUUGAGGAAGUUGCCACCUAAACGAGGGAUAAACCAAUAUCACAAUAUCCGCUGACGAGAAAACCAUGAUGAUACCCAAUGCGAAAAAGAUUUCUUGAAAAUGGAGCAUUCGUUGGAGCUGGUUUUUUUUAUUGAAAGGGAUAGAAAGCAAGAACGGAAAAGAUGAGUACAUGGUGUCCAAAGAUUUUCAAAAGCCUUCUAAAGAAAGGAAUCUCUAUGGUUAGUGAAAUACGCCUAUCGUAGUGAUAUUUAUACAUUGUUCUUCGACUCAAAAUGUUAAUGAAUGUCCAUUUUCCGUUAA